AGGGCCUUAAGAGGGGUGGAUUCCUACAGCCACACCCCAGAGCUGCUGAGACCAACAUAAGAUUCACGACACCUUGGCCCCAACACACCUCAGCUCCUUCUUCCCCCAGUUCAGGCUCCCUCAACCUAGCAGGAGCCUUCACCAUGGACUGGACAGGGACCGUGCUGCUGCUGCUGCUGUUAAGCAUCACCUGCCUGCUGCUGGCCAAGGGAGUGUACAAAACCAAAGGCCGCUUGCCUCCGGGACCCAGACCCCUGCCCCUGCUGGGUAACUUGCUGCAGCUCCGAUCUAGAGACAUGCUGGCCUCCCUCACCAAGCUGAGUCAGGAGUAUGGUCCUAUAUUCACUGUGCAUCUGGGCACUAAACCUGUGGUCGUCCUGAGUGGAUAUGAGGCAGUCAAGGAGGCUUUGGUGGACAAGGCAGAAGAAUUUUCAGGGCGUGGGGAGUAUCCAGUUUUUCAUGAUUUCACAAAGGGCAAUGGCAUUGCUUUCUCCAAUGGAGAAAAGUGGAAGGUCUUGAGGCGAUUUUCCAUCCAGAUCCUUCGCAAUUUUGGGAUGGGAAAGAAGAGCAUCGAGGAGCGCAUCCUAGAAGAGGAAGCCUUCCUUUUGGAAGAAUUGAAAAAAACUGAAGGUACCCCCUUCGAUCCCACCUUUGUGCUCAGCCGCUCAGUGUCCAACAUCAUCUGCUCGGUCAUCUUCGGCAGCCGCUUCGACUAUGAAGACGAACGUCUGCUCAAGAUUAUCCAUCUCAUCAAUGACAACUUUAAGAUCAUGAGCAGCCCCUGGGGAGAGAUGUACAACAUCUUCCCUGGCCUCCUGCAAUGGAUCCCAGGCCCCCACCACCGCCUCUUUCAGAACUUUGGGUGCAUGAAAGCCCUCAUUGACCAGAGCAUCCACGAGCACCAGGCCAGGCUGGACCCUAGCAGCCCCUCGGAUUUUAUUGACUGCUUCCUUAUCAAGAUGGCUGAGGAAGCCAAGAGCCCGGACACUCACUUCCACAUGGAGACGCUGGUGAAGACGACGCACAACCUGCUUUUUGGCGGCACCGAGACCGUGGGCACCACGCUGCGCCACGGCUUCUUGCUUCUCAUGAAGUACCCGCACAUUCAGGCUCGGGUCCAGGAGGAAAUCGAUCGCGUGGUGGGGCGGGGGCGGCGGCCGACCCUGGAGGACCGCCCGGCCAUGCCCCUACACCGGCCGGGUCCCCCACAGGGAGGCUUGCGGACGUUCCCCAUAACCUGCCGCACCAGUCACCCACCCGGCCUUCCCUUCCUGCACCCAAGUGGGGGCCCGGCGCGGCUCCCCGCCCUUCUGCCGCCUUCCCUUCCCCUCCAGGGGAGCAGCCUUGCGCAGGGGCCCGAGGAGUCCCAGCCGCAGCCCUCGGCGGGCCCGGGAGUUCGAGAACCCGGACGGCGACGGCUGUGCCUGGGGGAACCACUGGCCCGAAUGGAGCUGUUCCUUUACCUGACCGGCAUCCUGCAGAACUUCACACUGCAUCCCCUGUGCCCUAUCGAGGAAAUUGAUGUUACUCCCCUCAGCUCUGGCCUGGGCAAUGUCCCCAGGCCCUUCCAACUCCGAAUGUUGCCCCGAUGA